ACUUAUGGCAAAUCAGUAAAAAGCGCGUUUUGCAUUAGUUAUAUAUGUAUAUAUAAAUGUAUCUAAAUACCUUGACUAUGAAAAAUGUAAUAACUACUGUUCAUUAUUUAAGUCUAUAACGAACGUAUAAUGUAAUAUCAGAUAACAUUAAUUAAUUUCUUCAAACAUCGCAAUACUUCAAAUAUGGCUGCCGUACAUCGAGAGGCUAUCCAAAAACAGAUUCAACAAGACUGGGCAAAUCGAGAAUACAUCGAAGUUAUAACUGGUAGCAUCAAAAAGAUAACUGACUUUCUCAAUUCCUUUGAUAUGUCUUGCAGAUCAAGAAUAGCUGUUCUCAACGAAAAACUUACAACUCUAGAAAGAAGAAUCGAAUAUCUGGAAGCAUGUGUCACAAAAGGGGAAACAUUAACCUAAAUUAAUCAUAGUUUAGGAUUUUUGUAUUUAUUGAAAUUAUAUAUGAAUAAAUAUACAAUAAAUGUGACUACAAUAAACUAUAUGUUAUAUUCAGUUUAUCAUUGCUUUACUUGGAAGGAAUUGUAAAUAUAUUAUAUGAUUCACGCUUAA